CAAUGCUCAGCUUCCCGGCCUUUAUUUUAAAAUUGGACGAGUCGUGCUGCUUUCUCUGGUCUUCUGACUUCCAUCUGCCUCCUUUACCAGCCUGUCCUCUUGCUGGGGUGGGCACAUCUAAGAAAGUGAACUUUCAGUUCAGAGCCUGCUCCUUGCCGUUCUCCAAACACCUUGUUACAUAGCUCAAAGUCCUGCUGGCUUUGUGUUUGUGCUGGUUAUGUUGUCUGGUUGAGCUGGAGAAUUUAGCUGGCACAAGAUAAAGGGAUAGGGGGAACACAGGGCCUGUGACCCUGGCUGUCAGAUGAGAGCAUGUGUAGUUAUUUGUCUCAACCACCAAUCCAAACAUGGUGUCUUUUGCCUGAAGAUCUUCUCUUUGUGCUGGCUAUGUUGCACACUUACUUUCAUCUCUUGCACAUAAGGGUGCUUCUGUGCUUUGAGAAAUAACUGCUUGUCAGACUGGUUCUUGUGUCUCUGCAGGCCGAGCUGGGCUUUUUACCAAGAAGACAUCUGUCAGUUGUCCUCUAUAUGAGAAGUGGUUAACCAGUUUCUUCUGGGCUGAGAUCCAGCACUCCCUGUAAAACAUGUCUGAGCAUGUGGCUUGUGCAGCUUGGAACUGGGGCUUCACCACACUCCCUCUUUCCGUGUUCUGGGUCCCAGGGACUUAAUUUGGCCUUUUCUCUGCCUGUGCCAGUCCCAGGCAGGAAUGGGGCCCCAAGACUUUGUGGGAACUGAAGGGCAUUUUUUGUUGUUGGCAUCCCAUCUGUGCCUGAGGAGGAUUCUUGGAGUGUGAGGCUGAGUGAGAAGAGCCACUGCCUGACAUCAGUGCUGAGGGGACUUUGGAGCUGGGGCUCUUAGGGACACAUUUGCCAGGCUCAGGCAGAUUAGUAGGAUUCGGUUGCUUUUCCUGAGCUAUCAGUGCUACAAGCCCUCAUCCUCUUGGAGGCAAGUGAGUUAUUAUGCCACCUACAGCAUUGUGCUCUGUCAGCACUCAGCCCCCAGCUCAGUCAGGGCUCAGUUCCCCAGCUCACAGUGCAGGGACCUGUUGCUGCUGUGUCUGCAUGAAGCACCUUCCUUAUUUCUUUAGGACAAGUGUCAUCCAGAGUGGUGGUGCUUAGUGGAACAAUCAGGCUUUGGCACAAGGAGAUGCUGUGACUUCACUGGGUUGAUUCCUUUAUUGCAGGUGGUAUGAGAGUCGCAGAUGGAGUAGAGGGAUUGGCAAUUUCCUUGCUUGGAAAAUGCUCUUGCUCUGCUCUGCUUUGCUCGGUGGGACAAUGGCAGGCAUGGCUCCAGCUAGAGGGGGAAUGGAAUGCCCAGUGUUUUGGGGUACUCUUCUUACUGGCAUCCCACUUAUGCAUCCAAGCAGGCCUGCUGCCUUCUGCUUUUGGUUUGGCUUUCAGGGUACACACCUGAUUUGGGUGGAGGCACAGGGAGGCUGCACCUAGUGCUGAGUCUUUUCACAGCUUCCUCUCUCCGUCACUGCCAUCACAACUAUAGAAGCAAGAAGUUUGGGAAGAUGCCGUGAGCUCCGUGGGACAAGGUUGUCUCAUGACCACUUUGAUCUGGAUGAAGAACAGGCUGAGAGUAGAAAGACAGGUGCUGGCUACAGCUUCCCAGCGCCUGUUUAGGUUACCUGUGGUCACAGACGUGCCAGGAGCUGACCUAUGAACAUACCCAGAUGCAAUUUCCCCAUUCCCCUCUCCCCCCUUCUGUGUCAGGUUUGUUCAGAAUACUGGACAUUCUGUGUUGGAAAUAGAGAUUUUGACUCAUGCCACAAAUUCCACAGCUGGAAUUGGGUUCAUGUCUCUUCUUCCUUCUGUAACUUCUUAGUAUGGCAGAAGGAUCUGAGGAGUUUUAUUCUAGUCUUCACAACUCUUCUGGGUGCUAGAGCUCUUCUGCCAGACUUUCCCUGGUACUGGGUAGGGAUGUUUGUUAUCCUCUCUGCAUGCAGUGUUCCAGGAAAAGGCACUGCACCUGAGAACAACAUCAGCCUUACUGGAGGCCUUUGGGUGCCUGGAAUCAGGAACAUCCUUUGCGAAGAAGCAGCCUAUGAGGAGCGGCGGUACCCAGCGGGGAAGUGGGCCUGUGUCACCAUGGGGGAGCCCAUGUAUGAGCAGAGCAUCUCCCUGAGCUUCAUGAAGCUCAUGCGCUACAUCUGCAAGGAGAACUCUGUAGGUUGCCAUCUGGGCAUGACAGUCCCAGUGCUCAACGAAAUCCACCUGACCAAGGAGGGGACCGAGCUGGAGCGUGAGGUCCUAACUGCCUAUUAUCUCCCAGGAGCGUUCCAGCAAAACCCCCCCGUUCCCAUGGACCCUGAAAUCCACAUCACCGAGAGGGCACCACUCCGGGUUAUAACCAGGGUUUUCUAUGGGAUGACCACUGAGGAGACAAUUCUGCGGGAGAUCAGUCUCUUCUGGGAGCUCUUGGGCUCCACAGACGCGGUGCUGCGGGGAACCUACAUUGUGGCUUCUUAUGAAAACCCCAGCAUCCCUCAGCGCCGCAACGAGAUCUGGUUCAUCUGCCAGGCCGAGUGAGUCCCCUGCGCCACCGCCAGCCAGCGCGCGACUGCACCCGGUGGAGAUGGCACUUCUGACCCAAGGGAGACAGAGCACAUCCCCACCCGCUAUUCAGCCACACCAUGAGAGACUAAGAGACUGUGGGGUGGGUUUCCAGCCUGCCCUGCAAGGGUCCUGCCAGGGGAAAUCCUGCCUGGCCUGCGCUUCACCUGCCCCCACGGCUGAGGCUGGAGCUGGCACCAAAGAUGACCUCUAGAGCAAGCUCUUGAUGGGAAGCACGUGGUGGGGGCUCAUUAAGGCAGUAACCGUGUGGGCCUGUGUGAUGUGCUGGCCUGACCUGCACUGGUCUUGCAGAGCUGUGCCAGGGUGGGUCCAGUGGUGGACAGCAUCACAAGGUGAUGGUGUCUAGAAGGCGAAUGACUGUGUACCAUAUGUAGGGCUCAGUAUGGCCUCUGGCCUGCUUCCUGUGAGAAUGGCUGCCUGUCCUGAACAGAGCCACUGAAAUGCUGCUACAGAGACAGUUGCAUUCAGAGGGGAAAAGGGCUUGAAUUCAGGUGUGAAUCCUGAAUGUUUCCUGCUGGGGUGGUUCUCUUAGGACUGUUGGGUGCCUCCCUGGCUGUCACCAUUCCUCAGCCAGGGCUAGGGUGCUGGCAGCCUUUGUCCAUCUCCUGUGGGUGCUGUUUUGCAGGCCUGUGAGCUGAGAGGGGUAGGUCCAGAGAGCAGCAGGAGCGGCACCACUGUGUGUUGUGUUGUGCAUUGCUUAGUGAGUUUCACAUCCGUGAAUGCCAUCAUGCUUUCCUGCGGGAAGCUGGCAGUGCCAACAGUAAAUAAACCCAGCUCAAACCA